GCGUGGCUGAGCGCUCAUCGUGAAGCCUACAUCAAACCUUCAAACUUUCAAACAUCUCUAUAUCGCUCCCGCUGUUUGAGCAUCUACUCUUAGACAGCGUCUCUUCUACAUAUGUAUAUGACCAUCCCGCAGACCACAUCUGAUAUUUCUACAAACUCGAAUCAAACUUUUUAAUACACUCCUUACUAAUCAAACCCUCCCUUUUCGCGGCUAGUCCUGCUGAAUUACUUUCCUUAAGAAAAUUAAACUGAAAUUUGAUAUUUCAUCUCCAUUCCUUAGAUUUACUGGUAAUUCUUCCCCUCAUAUUAUCAAACAAAUUUUCUAUUUCAUCUCAUAUACCCAACGAUAUUCAAUCCAUAAGUUCAAAAUGCAAUAUUCAUUUACCGCCCUCACGCUCGCCAUCUUGGCAACGGCUAUCCACGCCUCUCCAAUUCAAUUGGAGACGAGAGAUAUAAUAACAAUCGCCGAUCCAAACGCUGCCAACACUACAAUGUCCGCUCCUCCAGCGCCACCAGCCGGUGCUCCAGCUCCCCCCACACCCGCUGAUGCAGCCAAUGGUACGAUGGCCGCCCCGCCCGCCCCUCCUUCUGGUAAACCAACCCCUCCAGCUCCUGCUGCCAAACCAGACGGUACAAUGCCAGCUCCGCCAGCCCCUCCUUCUGGUAAACCAGCCCCCCCAGCUCCUGGUACCAAUGGUACGAUGGCAGCACCCCCUGCUCCGCCAGCUGGUGCUCCGGCUCCACCGGCCCCUGGUAAUGCAACAGAUGCCGCCGCGCCCGCCACUGAAGCUCGCGACCUAACCUCCUUUUCCAUCACCGACACCUCCCAAGCAAACACCACUAGUUCUGCCAACUCCACCACUAUAACCGCCACUGUAACAGAUCCAACCACCAACACCACUGGUACCGUUUUCCCGGGAACUGCUGCAAAUUGCACUACAUUUUUUAUUGUCUCGAUGGGAGACACGUGUGAUAGUGUUGACGCGAAGAAUGGGAUCACUUUGGAAACUUUGAGGAGUUUGAAUACCGAAAUUGAUGCUGGUUGUACGAAUUUGGGCGUGGGACAAGCGCUUUGUGUUAAGACUUAGAGUUGAGAAGAGGCGAGAACAAAGUGAAGAAAAAAGUGAGCUAGGGGGGCCUUCCAAUUUUUUUUAUGGCUAUAGUAAGCUAGAGCGUUUUUCUUGACUUUCCUCGUGCCUGCAAGGCCUCUCAAUUAACAACUAGCUACAAAUUAGAUCUUAGUCAAUAAAAACAUUCUUCCCAGUUCAAAACACUUCAGCACGCAAUUCGGCAUUUCAUGAGUAUCUGUGCAAUCUUUUUCUAUCAAGCAAACAAUAUCAAGCAAACA